CUGUCGAGGUCCGCAGCCACCCCCGCUCGUUUGCGUCGCGUAUUACGCGUCGCCUCGUGCAUCAUACUAGUUUUAUGCCAAACUAGAGCGCGCCGUGCUAAAGAUAGGUCGUUGCAGGCAGGAAUCGGUGUGCAUCCACUACCGGCGCAGGGAACAAGGGCAACCUUGGCCUUAUGAGCUUAUAUAACGAGGAAGCGGCCGAUUCGCGAGCUCAGUCGUUUCGAUCUAUCGACGCGACGUGUGCGCCGAUUGCGACCCGCUGUCGACCCGAUCACGUUUCCCGAAUGUGUUUCUUUUUCGUCGCAUGCUCUCGCCGAUUUCUGUGCACUUCUGCACGUUAUUGAACGAUAGCCGAACGACACGAACUGGACUGUUAGCGCGCUCCUCGCGAGCUUCUCGCGCGAGUGCGAAAUGCAUCGCUGAAACGUGCUGCGCACGCGAACACGAAGCAUUCUAUUAGAGCGUUUUUUGCGUUUUUUACGCCAACGCAAAGGCACUUUUUUGUUCCAGCGCAAAACAACGAGUUGGAUCACUCUAUCGCGUAAUUACGAGUCGGUGGUUCGUUAAGAGCGUUUUGCGCAUUCACGCUCUUCGCAUCUUUCCGAUCUUUUUCUAGGAUUAUUGUCGAGAUCACCGUUUCUCCGUCACAGUUUCCACUGGAUACGAGGACAUUGCUGAAAAUGCAGUCGACGUUUUUGCACCAGGUGGAACUGGCACGAUCGGAAAAACAUAGGUACCAUUAAAGGAGCGCGCGCGCCGCUUCGACCGAUCGGGACCGCGACGAGGUGGGGAUCGCCGUCGCGGGAAAUCAACGUCUUUUCUUGGCAGAAUCGGAGGCAAUCCGUGGGUGGCAGAGCGGCACGUUAGAUCGCCGAUACUCUUCCGCCUUUUGACAGAUGCGAGGAUUAGUGCCGCGCGACGCGUGUAGUGAAGAAACCGACAUUGUUUACGACAGCGUUUACUCGCGAACUGCGACAAUUCCGACGAACCACGAAGUGAGUGGGUGAGAUUACGCAAUACUGAUCCGAGUUUAUGACCCACUGCCAAGGAAGGAUGGUCAAUUCAAUAUUACUGUUCUGGGCGUUGGUCGGCCUAAUUGGCCGAGUGCACGGCAAAUGCAGCUUAGCACCGAUCGUCGACAACGAACGUUCGAUCGCCUACGCAUGCAUCCACGGUGACCUGAGUGACCUCAACGAGCUACCUGCCGACACCGAAUGGAUCGAGUUUUCGGUGUCGCGUUUCCACGCGAUUCACGACGACGCGUUCCGCCGGUUUCCGAAUCUCCGACGCUUAUCCUUUUACAAUUGUCAUGUAAACGUCAUCGAGCCCGCCGCGUUUCGCGGCCUACAUCGAUUAGAUUGGCUGAUCUUCCGCGGCACGAGGAUCCACGUGGUGAGGGCCGCAUGGUUCCGCCACUUGCCGAAUCUUAGGAAAUUGAUUCUGGACAGAUGCGGCUUGGUCCAUAUCGAGCCUGACGUUUUUCGCACGUUACCGCGACUGGAGACUCUGGACUUGCGCGAUAAUGACCUCGAUUGCUUGUCGGUGGAGGAGCUAUCUCAUUUGACGAUGCUCAGGACCGUGCGUAUCGACGGCAACCCGUGGUUAUGCGAGUGCCGACGAAUAAUGGAGAACUUCUUCCAUGAGAGAUCGAUCGUUCAGGUGUUGGAGUGCAGAGCUCGUAAGAAGAUCUGCGUAGUGCGAAAUCUGCAGUGCAUGACGCAAAUCGACGUCCCGCUCCAACCUCCCACGAUAACCAUCGAACAAAUAGGCAGUCGUGUGGAGCGUCCUAGCGGUCACUUCCAGACGAGCGUGCUGACGUCGCUGGACCGGCUGCCGGACAAAACCACGUGGAUCGAGAUCUCGGGCCUGUGGGUCGAGCGUCUGCCCGCGUACGCGUUUUUCCGCUUCGGCAACAGCCUACGCAGCCUAGAACUGCGCAAUUGCACGAUCGGCGCGAUCGAGCCGGGCGCACUCGCCGGUCUGCACCAGUUGCAGCGGCUCACGCUCAUCGGCAACCAGCUGCCCGCAGUGUCCGCCCAUUGGUUCGGUGAUCUCGUGGCGCUGCGCCAAUUGGUGCUCGCGCGCAACGACAUCGAGUGGAUCGAGCCCGGAGCACUGCGCCGUCUGGCCGGCAGUUUGACGCACCUCGACUUGCGCUUCAAUCGGCUACGUUGCUUGUCACUGGACGAGUUGAAGUAUCUGAGGCGACUGGAGCGACUCGAGGCGGUCGGGAAUCCGUGGAACUGCGAGUGCCGCGGGCAGCUGCAACGAUUUCUCAUGGAGCGCAAUGUGGGCUUCGGUAUCAACGGUCGCUGCUACGAGGAUCACGAAGUUCCGGAGCCAAUCGACAGAAGGCAGUACCUACCUACCAACAUAACGAUACCAGUUACUGGUCACGUGUAUUGGACCUCCUUUGAGGAAGCUGUGCGACACAUCACCGUGACGAGUCCGAUUACCGUUCGUCCGACCAUCGAGAUUCACACGGAGAGACCGCCGGUACACAGGGGUACUUGCAUGCAGGACAGGAAUGAACGGUCGCAUCAAGUAUUUAUCUGCAGCGGCAUUAGCGCACUCAGAGAACUGGAUGCUGUGCCAUACUCCGCCCACACUAUUCGCAUCGUUUAUUCGAAUCUGAAGACAAUCCCGACACGGGCAUUCGCCCGCUUCGACGGCUGGCUAUCCCGGCUGGAGCUACACGACUGCGGCAUCGAGAGGAUCGAGCAUCGCGCGUUUGCCGACCUGUACAACCUCCAGCAUCUGUCGCUGCGUAGUAACCAGCUGGAGUCCGUGACAUCCGACGCGCUGGAAGGCCUGUCGAACCUGCGGCACCUGGACCUGUCGCGGAAUCACGUUUACCGCAUCACGAACGACGCGUUCCACGCACUGUCACGGCUGCGUAGCCUUGACGUAUCUGAGAACCGCAUGAAUUGCAUCGGCGUGGAGCACAUGGCCCACCGGAUGCCGUACCUGAACGUCCUCAGGGUAGCGGGCAAUCCGUGGAGCUGUCUGUGUGGCUCGAAGCUGGCCGAUUUUCUGGACUCCCGCAGGAUACCGUACGACCGCGCGUCCCUGCUCGACGUGAACGAUGACUGCUACGUCACCGGGACGACCAUGAGCUCGUCCACGCAAACCGUCCCGACCGAGCCACCCACGAUACCGAUUCGCAACGAGACCGCUACGGGCUCCUGCACCGUUCACCGAGAGCCCACGGGACCGCGGUACCGCUGCGUCGGCGGAAACCUAGCGCUGCUGAAGAGCAUAUCGCGCGAUGCCGUCUCCAUCGAGUUUUACGAGGGUGACUUGCCUCACCUGCCAGCUGGCUCUCUCUACAACUUCCCGAAUCUGCGAGAGCUCAGCAUCAGAAAGUGCAGCCUGACGACGAUCGAGGCCGGCGCCUUCCAUGGUCUGGACUCGCUGGAGCGACUCACCAUUCGGGAUAACUCGCUGACGUCGAUCGAAGUGGACUGGUUCAACCUACAGCGUCUCGAGCGGCUGGAUCUCCGCGGUAACUCGAUCCACUACAUCGCGCCGGGUGCUUUUCGCCAUUUGCGCAAACUGGUCUACUUAAAUCUCGAGGGAAAUGAUCUCAAGUGUAUUUUUAGCAGCGAUUUGCAGGAUAUGCCGGAUCUGCACGUUAUCGAAUUCAGCGGAAAUCCGUUAAAAUGGCGUUGCCGCGUAGAUCUCGAGCAGUUCCUUGAGACGCGAAAGAUCAAGUUUGUCAGGGUGGAGGAGUCAUGCGAGGGCAAAAAGAUCAUGCGUAAUCUUUUGUAUCAAAACCGUACUGCCGAGGCACAGGAAUGUCCACCGGGCUGCUCAAUGGCGACUAAAUUCGAGCAGACAAGUCUAAUAAUAUUCACGAUGUUUGCGUUGUCCUUUGCAAUACAAUUGGCUUAAUUUUUUAUCUACCAUAUAAAAGCAAACAUUUUUCAAAUAAUUUUCUUGGAGGUUUGUGUGGUAAUUAUUUUUACAAUUCCAGGUUUUUGAAAGAUUAUAUAAUUUUUUAAUUUAACAUAUAUCAAUGUAUCAUGUUUGAUAAGAAGACAUUAAAAAUUUUAAUUUUUGUCAAUAGCUCUUACAUAAAAAGAAAUUAAUAAUAUUCGAGUCUUCAACUUCGCCUUUUGCGAAAGAUAUAAUAGUCCAAGUAACAAUGAAAGAACUAAUUUUUCUGUAUCCAACAAAAGAAAUUUCUGAGAUUUUCGUUAAUAGCUAGAAAACUUAUAUUUGUUAUUUAAAUGCAACUAUUUAUAUUUGAGCAAUAUAUAUUAUAAAAAUCGUAAUAGCGAUUUUUUACUGUAGAAUGAAAAUCACGUGUUGAGUAUCAACACUGUUAGCUAAAAUAAUGGAUAAAAUAUAUAAAUAUUAUCAAACUUGAUGGAUUUUUAAGAGGAAAUUUAUUUUUCAAAAGAGUAAGUUAGGUAAGAGUAGAUCCGGAAUUGUCAAUGUUGUCAAUCAAUGUGUUCAUACAUGAAAACGCUUAAGCUAAUGAAUAUGUAUAUUUAUUUUUGCGAAUGUAGAUAUAUUUAAACUUAGUCCCUUUAUAUACAUAAUACUGUACAUUGCACAAUAACAUAAGUAGGAUAAUACUCGAUCUCUAGUUAUUUCGUCAAAUCGCUUAGAGUGUUCGUCGCACAACAUGAUUCAAUUUGACGUUACCAUUAUAAUUAUCAGACGUAUCGUGACGAAGAUCUUACUUAAAGCAAUGAUAAGAAAUUGCGUGUUACUGCCGAAAGGGACCAUCGAUAAAUAAUUGUCUUGGAUGUAACAGGAAAUUAUGCACAAAGAGAGACAGAGUAUAAUGUACUGUUAACUUAUAUAACAAUAAUAAUGGUAAAGUCACAUUAUUUGUAAUACCAUAAAGACGUGUCAGUGCGACGUUAUAAAACACUCUUUAAUUGUGUUCAUCUUAAUAUUAAAAAGUUGAUUGUAUAUAUUUAUUUUAGAAUUGUAACAUGCUCUUUGCUACACUAAAACGCAACAAGUCUUAAUAAAAAUCUAUUUGAGCAAUUAAU